AUGCUUGCGUGCUGCAGGGGGGCGCCGCUGCCCACGGAGAGCGAGCUCGUGGAGACGGCGGCGUCGGACAUCGACGAGUUCGGGGCGCGCGUCGCGCGCGCCAUCGCAGGAUGGAGCGCCCGCUCGCUCACGACCGCCAUGUCGCAGGACCUGCCGGGCCCGGACAACGAGGAGCGGCGGCGCAGGGCGUACGCCCGCUUCCUCGCCGAGGCCGCCAAGAAGAACACCGUGCCUCUCUUGCGGGAGGCAAUCGCGGAGGGCGGGGCACUCGGCCUUCGGAAGAACGAGCUCGGCGGCGCGGCCAGCGCCCUCCGGGCCCGCGAGGAGCAUCUCGCGUCCCUCGGGGAGAUGUACACCUCGAAGGACUCCAUCUGGAAGGCUCUCGAGGGCGGUGACACCGUGCUCCUGAAGGGCAGCUGGCUCGCAGCGCUCGGCAGGUCGGGGGGCAAGCUGCCGCGGCGGCAGGACCUGCCCCCGGAGGCAGUCUGGGACCCGGAGGCCCUGAUGCCACGGGUGCACAAUUCGGCGUGGUGGAAUGAUUUUUGUUUCAAUAUCCCUGAUGGCGUUGGGCUCGUGGGCAUCUCGUACUGCUGGGAGACGCCCGAGCACCCCGAUCCGCGGGGCGAGCAGCUGCGCCUCCUGGCCGGCCUGGUGGAGCGCCGCAUGGCCCACAGGGGAGACCACUACAAUGACUACAAAGUCGUGGACCUGGCCGUCUUCCUCGACUGGCCCAGCCUGCCCCAGAAAACGCGUUCUAAGGAGGACCAGGCGCGCUUCGACCGGGGCCUCCGUGCCGUGAACCUCUGGUACGGCCAUGCCCUCGUUGAGAAGUGGUUGCUCACGGCGCCCCCGCCCGGUGCCCCGGCCGCCAUGAAGCCGUACUCGGAGCGCGGCUGGCCCUGCUUCGAGCGGGCCCUGGCGGAGCUGAUCACACAGUCCCGCUACGUGGUCGACGUCGGCCAGCUGGAGGGGCAGCAGCAGCAGCAGCAGCAGCAGCAGCAGCAGCAGCAGUUGCUGCUGCCCUCGUGGGUUGAGCUGCUGGGGCGCUGCGCGGUCAAGAAGCGCGGCCCGCCCCCGAGUCCAGAGGCCUUCGGCGAGCUGCUGCGCACCAAGACGUUCACGAACGCCGCGGAUCACGCGUUCGUGGAGCGCAAGUACGCGCAGACGGCGGAGGAGAUCUUCUUCACGGCCAAGACGCUCGAUUUUGAGUUCCGGGACUGGGGCGCCGCGGCGGUGCAGGGGCUGGAGGGCCCCUUGGCGGGCUGCGGCCGCCUGCGGGAGCUCAAGCUCGGACACAACCCCCUGGGCGAUGCCGGCGCCGCCGCAGUGGCGCGGCAAUUGCCGGCCCUCGCCAGCGGAGGCCUCGAGUGGCUAGACUUGAAAGAAGCGGGGAUCGGCGACGCGGGGGCCGAGAGCCUGGGGGCCGCCUUGGCGGGCUGCGGCCGCCUGCGGGAGCUGAGGCUCGUUCUUGAGUUCAACCCCCUGGGCGAUGCCGGCGCCGCCGCAUUGGCGCGGCAUUUGCCGGCCCUCGCCAGCGGAGACCUCGUGCUAGGUUUAUUUGAAACAGGGAUCGGCGACGCGGGGGCCGAGAGCCUGCUGGCCGCGAUCCCCGCGAGCCGUGCGCUGAAAGGUCUGGAUCUGCAAAGAUGCACGAUCACGGCGGCAUGCCAGGCCCAGCUCAGGGCGGCAUGGCGCGCGGCGGGGAAGAGUUGGAGCGGCUGGAAAGGCCACUGCCUGACCAUGUCCGGGCCCACUGCCUGA